AUGAAGGUCCGUCGCCUCUGGGUCAAGGAGGGCCUGAAAUUGAGUCCCUCUAAGGCGAUGGACUUGAACCGCCGCUUUGCAGUUGGGGUCAACCGCAUUCUCCGCCUGGCCGAGCGCGCCUCUGGCGAAGCGAGCGAUAUUGCCAGCAACGAGAUACUUGCCCAAGAUCUACCAGCGGAAAAUCAAGAGCCCUUAUCCAAGCAAGAGUUGCAAGCUUUCCAGGAGCUCCGAACCGAACUGGAAGGGUACAUGCAGACGCUGAAGAAGCUGGGGAUUCGGGAUCACCAGGUGCCCCAGCUUGUUUGGUGGACAGUGGGCGAUCUCAUCGGACGAUUUCUGUACCUCUUGUUUACAAUGGCAAUGGGAUGCCUUCCGCAGCUGAUGUUCAAUGUGCCGCUGAUGCUUCUGUCAAAUCGGUUUGCCAGCGUGGAACAGCAGAAGUCGUUGAAAUCCUCUAGCGUGAAGCUGGCUGCAAGAGAUGUGGUCAUGUCGUACAAGGUGAUCUAUGUGUUGACCUUUGUCCCAGUCCUGUACGUCAUCUAUGGGCUGCUGCUUUGGGUUUUCACCGACUGGUGCCUCACCUCCAGAAUUCUUAUACUGUUGAGUCUGCCCCUGUUUGCCUUCUGGGGCAUGAAGGCCAGUGAGCAGGGCGUGAGAGCCUAUGUGGACAUCAUGCCCCUCUUCAGGCGACUCGUGCUGCCUGAGGAUCGCAGGGAGCAGGACCUGCUGCCAGCGCGGCGUGCGCAGCUGCAGCGGCAUGUUCACAAACUUGUGGGCACUUUCGGUCCUCGACUGGGCGAUCUAUAUUAUGAGAAAGACGUAGACUGGACCAAGCACAUGAGUGAUUAUGCCAGAGAUGACGGCAGUCGCAGUCCAAAGAGAAAGCCCUCAGACCAAAAUACAUUGAAGGCUCGUCUGCCAUCACGAAGCGACGCCACCGCGGAUGAGCCGCACGCACCGUCGCCCGAGUGA